AUGAUGCAGGGCCUAAAGUCUCGAGAAGACCCACAACUUUCCAGAACUCCAGCUGGCAGCCAAGCAGGAUACCCUAAGAAACUUCAAAUAGCACUAGAUGCCUACAUGUUGGAGUACCUUGACAAGUAUUAUACAUAAAAGGGAAGGCAUCAGGCUGUGGAAAUGGCAGGCUGCAUGACAAGGAAUCUUAGAGACAUGCAGGCAUUCCUAGGUGUUCAGGUGACCAGGAAUGUGGACUACAGCACUAUGGGCAUGACUCAGAGACCAUGGUGUGGUGUUCGAAUAGCAAACUACCAGCUCUUUCCAGGAGAGCCCAAAUGGGAAAAGAAUACGUUGAUGCUAGGUUAUUUUUCCUUCCAGAAAGAGGUGCCUCAGUAUUCAUUAAGGAUAGAGUUUCUGAAACCCUAUGUGGUGGGGGUUUCUUUCUCUUUCUUCUGCUAUUAUUUGCUACAUCAUCGUGACUCUUAUCCCUUUGAUGGCCCACAUGGGACCCUGGCACAUGCUUUUGCCCGUGAAGGAUUGGGAAGGGACAAUCAUUUUGACAGCACAGAGACGUGGACCAUGGGAACAAAUGGAGUUAAUUUAUUCACUGUUGCUGCCCAUGAAUUUGGACAUGCUCUGGGCCUCAGCCAUCCCACUGUUCCAUCUGCUUUGAUGUAUCCUAGUUACACAUACUAGUCUCCAUUUGGAUUUUGUUUGCCAAAGGAAGAUGUGAAAGGGAUCCAAGCAUUGUAUGGGAACACAAAGUUGAAGCUGGCAAGGAAGUCACUGCAUGUGCCAUUCAUCAAAGCACAGCCAUCUACAAUACUGCAAGGCUCAUUGACCAUUCCUUCCUUUCCUCAGCUCAUGUUAAAUGUUGUUGCUGCUGCUUAUGAAGUUCCUGAGAGGGGUUUGGUUUAUUUUUUCAAAGGCCCUCAUUACUGGGUAACUCAAGGAUUUCAGAUGCAGAGCCUCCCUUACACCAUCUCUGACUUAGGGUUUUCCAAAAAAAUGCAGCACACUGUUGCAGUGGACUACCUAAAGGCUGAAAAGGAGAUGCUCUUCUUUGAUGAAAAGAAAAGAAAGAUGGGAAAAGACUAUUCAAAAAGUAUUCAUAAAGAGUUCAGAGGAAUCAGUAGCAAAGUAGAUGCAGCACUGGAAGUGAAUGGAUUUAUUUACUUCUUUUCUGGUCCAAAAGCCUAUAAAUAUGACAGAGAGAAGGAAAAUGUGAUUAAUAUUGUGAAAACCAGUUCCUAG